UGCGAGUUAUUGGCGCAGGCGCAGAAUGGAAGCGACAUCUUGCCAAAAGAGAAAGAGUGAAGAUUAGAUUUGGGUCUGUGCAGCGGCCGCACGGAGAUGUAUCGGUAGCGAUUGGGGGAUGGGUCUGCACUGAGGGCUGAUCAGCACCGCCUGUGACUCUACAGCUGGAGAGAAGCCUGACAGAUGCCCCCCAAAAGAGCAACACGUGGAAGGAGGAAUCUUGAGGAGGAAGAGGAGCAGGAAGACGUGUCUCUAGGAAAAAGGAAACGGGAGAACGUGAAAAAUGCUGAAGCCGGGCAGAAGAAACCAUCAAAGAGGAGAAGCGGGGGGCAGCGGGGGUCUGCACUAGACACACCCUGCAGCAGAAAAGAGUCUGACUGUGGAACAAACAGAGGGGACAAGUGGACAAGUAUAGUGCAUUAUCUGUAUCGCAGCACUCUGGGGGGCAAUGUCGGAGCAAAGUACCUGCAAACCCCCUUUCUCCAGUCCCUGGCUUCCUACAUAUUAUAUCGGACCAACAGCCCCUUUGUUCGUAGGGUUACCACUCUGGAGUGGCACCCUAUGCACCCAAAUACCGUUGCAGUGGGAUCGAAAGGAGGAGACAUCAUCCUGUGGGACUAUGAAGAACUCAAUAACACCCUUAUUCCUGGGAUUGGAGCAGGAGGGUGCAUCACCGGAAUGAAGUUCGACCCGUUUAACCCUAAUCAGUUGUACACCUCGUCAGUGGCGGGUAGCACGGUGCUGCAGGACUUCUCUGGGCGCAAUAUACAAACGUUCACCAACACUGAGGACUGGGCAAUGUGGUACUGCAGCGUCGACGUCUCUGCUGGAAGGCAGUGUGUGGUCACUGGGGAUAACGUCGGCAAUGUGGUCCUCCUAGAGACCUGUGGGAAGGAGAUUUGGAAGUUACGGCUGCACAAGAAGAAAGUCACGCACGUUGAAUUCAACCCACGCUGUGAUUGGCUGCUGGCGACCGCUUCUGUGGAUCAGACCGUGAAGCUGUGGGACCUGAGAAACAUGAAAGACAAGUCCAGCUGUCUGUACACAUUGCCGCACGCACGGGGUGUUAACUCUGCUUAUUUUAGCCCCUGGGAUGGAGCAAAGCUACUCACUACCGAUCAGCACAGCGAGAUCCGUGUCUACUCAGCAUGUGAUUGGGCCAAACCGCAGCACAUAAUACCUCAUCCUCACAGGCAAUUCCAGCACUUGACUGCAAUAAAGGCUACGUGGCAUCCCCGCUAUGAUUUAAUUGUUGUUGGCCGAUACCCCGACCCGCUCUUUCCAGGAUAUUCGUCAGAUGAGCUGCGGACAGUAGACGUGUUUGAUGGGCAGAAAGGGAACAUCGUGUGCCAGCUCUAUGAUCCUUAUGCAUCUGGUAUUGUUUCUCUCAACAAAUUUAAUCCAAUGGGAGAUCUUCUGGCUUCUGGCAUGGGUUUUAAUAUCUUGAUCUGGAGCCGGGAGAUUCUGUUGAUGAUGAAGCAGGAGGAGAUGAUGAAGGCUCUGAGGGAAAAGGGACUUUCAGUGGGGAGAAAGGACCUUCCGAAUUCCAGAUUGCCACAUUCCAGAGAGAAGCCAGGGAAUAAAGUCGGUGCGACGGAGAACAGUAAGACACGGACUGUAAAGGACUCUACUAAGCGCGGGAAGCACAAGUGAAUUUGGGCUUCAGUGCACAAUUGGUUAACAUUUCACAUGAUGAGUAUGGUGGCCAGUGAGGUCCAACAGCCUUGGGAUUAUUGGGUUGCUGGAGCCAAAACCCAUAGUGCCUUAUUGCACUGCUUUAUGCAUUUAAUAGCAAGGUGUCUCCGUUUACUUUUCCCUUCCGGAAUUUUUUCAGGAUUGAAAUAAUUAGGGAGGGACGUAGCUUUAUGUCCUGCAUCUCCGACCUGACGAGCUCAAUCGCUUGCCCCCUGCUGGCUUCUAGUGAACAUUAACUCUUUGCUUUCAGGACAAGGCCUAUAUUAUCUGUCUGUUUUUUUUUUUUAUUUAUUUUUUUUAUACAUGAAAGAAAGGGAUGUGGAUCAGUUUUAAAACAGAAAUAUCCGGGUGCUGCCGGAUUAUCACUUGGAUUCUGGGACUGCAAUGCUGGACUGAUGGGACUGACCCCGUCGUUGUAACCAGGCCUUCAGCUGAGCCAGAGGUUUUUGUAGACAAAAGCUGGCUGAUGAUUGGACAGAAGAAGACAACGGGAUCAUGGGAUGGGCUACACGGAUGUUGCAUGUCCAUUGAUCACUAAGGGGAACUUCUAGGAUUUUUGGGUGGCUGACAGGCUCUAUUUGGGUCAUAAACCUAUGGAUCCUACAGCUCUGAGGCCAAAUAGUCCAAUGGAAAAUAAAUGUGACUUCCAUCCUGAACCUUGUCUUAACGUACUGGUUGGAUCCCAUCAGGUCCAGAAUCAAAAGCUCCCACAGUAUUGGGAUUCGUUCCUCGCUUGUUCCAGGCCAAUUGUCUCCCCUAGGAAGACCAUGGUCAUUGCUGCGAUCAGUAACACCAAAUAAAUGAAAGUGUUUUAAAGGAA